CCAGCUGAGAUGCAUCGGAGAAGAGACACACAAGACCACAGCUCAAAGCACCUCCUGGCAAGUUACUUCCCUCCCCUGAGCCUUGAUUUUCUCACCUGCAAAGUGGGCAUCCUGAAACCUACCUGCUGGGAAGACUUGAAAGGGUCUGACGCACAGGAGAUGCUCGAUAAAGGAGCCUGGCUGUUGCUCUUAUCUGCAUACUGGGGGUACCAGGCUCUUGGCUCUGCUACUUGUCCCUGAAAUUUACAGGAAGGCCGCUGCCUAUUUGUCAUCCUGCUCAUGGCGGUGUACUGGUGCACAGAGGCCCUGCCCCUCUCGGUGACGGCCCUGCUGCCCAUCGUCCUCUUUCCCUUCUUGGGCAUCCUGCCCUCCAACAAGGUCUGCCCCCAGUACUUCCUGGACACCAACUUCCUCUUCCUCAGCGGGCUGAUCAUGGCCAGUGCCAUUGAGGAGUGGAACCUGCACCGAAGGAUCGCCCUCAAGGUCCUCAUGCUCGUUGGGGUCCAGCCAGCCAGGCUCAUUCUGGGGAUGAUGGUGACCACCUCCUUCUUGUCCAUGUGGCUGAGCAACACGGCUUCCACCGCCAUGAUGCUGCCCAUUGCCAGCGCCAUCCUGAAAAGCCUCUUCAGCCAGAAUGAGGUUGAGAAGGACCUCAACUGGCAGAGUGACGAGAACGCAGCUGCUGUGCACAAGAACGGCCUGCACCCUGUGCCCACGGAGAUCCAAUUUCUGGCCAGCCCAGAAGACAAAGACUGCCCUGAGGCCGAGGCUCCAUUGGACCUUCUAGCAGACUGCGAGAAGGAGGAGGAAUAUCGCAGAAACAUCUGGAAGGGCUUCCUCAUCUCCAUCCCCUACUCGGCCAGCAUUGGAGGCACUGCCACCCUCACGGGCACGGCCCCCAACCUCAUCCUGCUAGGCCAGCUCAAAAGUUUCUUCCCACAGUGCGAUGUGGUGAAUUUCGGCUCCUGGUUCAUUUUCGCCUUCCCUCUCAUGGUGCUGUUCCUGUUGGUGGGCUGGCUGUGGAUCUCCUUCCUGUACGGGGGAAUGACCCUGAGGGGAUGGAGGAAGAAGAAAUCUGAGAUCAAGACUGAUGUAGAAGACAGGGCUCGCGCUGUGAUUCGGGAGGAAUUCCAGAACCUGGGGCCCAUCAAGUUUGCUGAACAGGCCGUGUUCACCCUUUUCUGCAUGUUCGCCAUCCUCCUCUUCUCCCGGGAUCCGAAGUUCAUCCCUGGCUGGGCCAGCUUCUUCACCCCUGGGUUUGUUUCUGAUGCUGUUACCGGAGUGGCCAUUGUCAUCAUCUUGUUCGUCUUCCCAUCCCAAAGGCCCUCUUUCAAGUGGUGGUUUGACUUUAAAGCUUCCAACGAAGAGACAGAACCCUUGCUGACGUGGAAAAAGGUUCAGGACACGGUGCCUUGGAACAUCAUUCUUCUCCUAGGAGGGGGCUUCGCCAUGGCCAAAGGCUGUGAGGAGUCAGGGCUAUCUGCGUGGAUCGGUGGGCAGCUGCACCCACUGGAGAACGUGCCCCCCGCCCUGGCCGUGCUGCUCAUCACCGUCGUCAUCGCCUUCUUCACCGAGUUUGCCAGCAACACGGCCACGAUCAUCAUCUUCCUGCCAGUGCUGGCAGAGCUGUCCAUCCGUCUGAGAGUGCACCCCCUGUAUUUGAUGAUCCCCGGCACGGUCGGCUGCUCCUACGCCUUCAUGCUCCCGGUCUCGACGCCCCCCAACUCCAUUGCCUUUGCCUCCGGACACCUGCUGGUCAAAGACAUGGUACGGACAGGCCUCCUGAUGAACCUCAUGGGUGUCCUGCUGCUCAGCAUGGCCAUGAAUACUUGGGCACAGACCAUCUUCCAGCUGGGUGUCUUCCCAGACUGGGCCGACAUCCACUCAGCCAACAUCACGGCACUGCCAUCCGCCUUGGCCAACAACACGUUUCGGACCCUUUGAUUUCCCCUCCAGGACUCUGUUCGAGCUGGGCCCUCUCAGAAGGCUUCUGCCAUCACCUGCUGCUAGGACUCUACAAGGACGAUCUUGAGCAGUUCUUUUCUGUGAUUCAGUAUGCAGCAAGCAAGGGUGACCUCCAGUGGUCCACUUGGGCCCAAAGGCUCAUUUUCUAGGACACGGUCUCCUUCUCUUUCAUGGAGGUCAGGGCCCAGACAUCUCCCAGAUCCGCUGCCAGAGAAAUAAGCGCCUUUAUCUCUGAGCUGUUAUAUGGCUAGAAUGCAAGAGAGCCCUAUCCUAGCAACAGGAAGCAAAUCUGGAAUAUGGCAUUUGUCUUAAACUGUUGGAAUGGGGGGGCAUUGAUUCCUAUGGGCACCACUAACAUCCCCCACGGCCUACCUUAGGUUACCCUCUGGAGAGGUCAUCUUGCCUUUAAAGGUCAUCUUCCUCAGAGAGGAAGGCUUUUGGGGCCG